AUGUCAUUUUCAACUCUCGAUGCCUUGACGUAUCUUGAUUUAUCUGGUAAUCAUUUCCAAAUUUUUCUUCCCUGUACUAUCUGGAAUAUAGAAGGCCUUACCUUUGCCAAUUUCACAGUAUCUUGCAUCAUGGCCAAACCAUGCCUUCUAGACCAACCAGCGUUCCCUUCAAGGCAUGAAUAUCCAUCUCCCCUUGUCUCUCUCAUGCUUCAGGGUUUGGUGUGGCUGCUACUGUUUAUACCGCUGGCAUUACUUAUUGAGGCUGCAGAUAUUUUAUCAGCAACUGAAAAUUUCAGCAAGAGUUAUAUUAUUGGUGAUGGUGGAUUCCGGCCAGUAUACAAUGCCUUGUUGCCAGAAGGAAGAAUAAUAGCUGUCAAAAGGCUUAAUGGAGGUCACUUGAAUGGGAAGCGUGAAUUCUUGGCUGAAACGGAAACAAUUGGGAAGGAAGAUCACCAGUCGAAGGAUCAAAUUCUCUGUGUUCUUGCCAUUGCGAGGUUGUGUACACAUGAUGAUCCAUGGAAGCGUCCAACAAUGCUCGAGGUAGCUGAACUCUUGAAGCAGGCUAAGGUGUACAAUGAUGUUUCAAUGUUCUAUAAAACUGUCGAUUAG